AUGGCUGAUAGAAGGGCCUCCAGAUCUUUCAACGAUUUCUGCCAGGGCUACCUUUUGGGUCUCAACGAGAAUCACGCUAACUGUCAGCAGGACACUGGCAUGGGCGCUGAACAAGGUUUCCCGGCUCCCAACGCUUUUCCCAUGGAUUGCCCUGAAGAUGCCCUCGGCGGCGGUCUGUUCUGCGCGGAUGAUGCUCUUGGCGCUGGCGCGUCCUAUGAGCAGUUUGGAGAUGCUCAAGCCGGAAACUUUUUGUUUGAGCAGCCUGCAAAUGCGCAGCUUCCUCUCACACUUGUCGAUCCCCUUUACAGGCAUCCAGCAGAUGGCCAGGGAGGCCCGGGCAUCCCAGCCAAUAUGCACGCCCCCGUGUUGGCGGACCCUUUCCGCCAUUAUGCAGAUGUUGCCCAUCCCGAUCCCUCGGUUCGGACCCAGAGUCGUCCCAACGACUGCUAA